AUUUGCUCCCAGUUGGUGGUUGGAUCACAAUUCUUAUGCACAUAUGUACAUACCCUCAGAUCUAUAGUUUACUAGUUAUUCUGGUUUUAGACAAGAUUACAAAUAGCAAAAUUGUCUCACAUAGUUAAUUCGUGAUUAGUAUAGAAUUAGUUGCAGGAAUAAUACUCGUGGAACAAUGAUCAACGUCAGUAAUUUGGUUGGGGGAGUGGUCAACAUUGGUCCAGCCGUGUGCCAACCUGUGGAAGCACUUUCUUGGGACAUUACUCUUGGCACGGCAGGAACAGGGCUCGGUCAACUCAUACUGGGGAAAACAAGCAGUUCGUCUGAAAUGGUGCCUGAAGCAGUGGACCAUGUUGGUGUAAUUGUGUUUGGGUUCUUGUAUGAAUACGGAGAUUUGGGCAUCCUCAAAACAGCGGCCCCUUUGCAAAGUAGUCCAAAAUCCAAGUACCCAGUGUUUUAUCUCAGAAGCAGGGAAAAGCUAGGUGAUACGGCAAAGAGUCAAGAGGAAUUUGAAGAGUGGGUUGAUGUCAUGAACCAAACUGAUUUCCAAGGAUCAGGAUACGAUGUGGUUAAACAAAGCUGUGUAGUUUGGGGAAUCCGAGCGUGCGAAUUUUUGGGAGUUGACUACCCGGAAAAUUGGGACAAAGUUUGCAACUGGGCAGCUCAAAAUAGCACAGUAGCAAGCUUAAUUGGGGGGUCCGGUGUUAAUUCUCGGAAAGUUCAGAUCAAGGCACAAACUGCCCAAGCGCCCAAAAAACUUUACAACUACAUGAAAAAAAAGUUGAAAAGGAAAGGUCACGUGAAGAAGGAAAGUGGUGAGAGUGAAAGUGGCAGUUCGAACACAAGUACAUCCGAAGGUGGCGACGAGGACGAGGAAAAUGCAAGCACGGUCGAAACAAGUGAUCAAAAUUUUAGCCAAAGCCAAGAAGGUGAGGAUAGUGGAGGAACAAAUGGCGAAGAAACUGUCACUGCGAUAACUAGCACAAUGAGCGUCACCAGAAUGUAAGAAACCAAUCUCACCUGACACCACAAAGCUGGAACAAGUAUUUUACAAUUUUUAAAACUUGAAGUGUACUACAUCUGUAUCACUGUAUCAGUAUAUUUACUAAAGUAAGUAAGCAGAUGGAUUUCCUCUGUUCCGUUGUAAUAUACAAUGCCACGGAUGGUGAGACCGAAGAAUGGUCCAAAUUAAUGUAGCAUAUUAAGUGCUUUUUAAAAUACUCAACAAAUAUUUACUAAUUCUUUCCUACUUUAAGAAAACCUAUAACCGAUGUCCAAUGUGUCUGUGAUCUUAGUUUAUUUUUACAUGCUAUCCAAUACUUGAUAUUAAACGUGAUUAUGGAAGGAAAGUUAUAAAUUAAA